GGUAUUUCCACUGUCACCUUACCACAAACAAGCUUCCUGUUUAUACCAGACAGAUGUAGAGCGUACAAAAGUUUGAUGUUGUUUAAAACGUAACCGGUAUAUGAUUUAAUGACAUUAAAUGGUAAUGGACGUAAGCGGUAACUUUACCAUUUAUUUGUCUGACGGUGGAGAUGAAGACGAAAGAAAUAAAUCGAAACGAGUCAUCGAACGCUUGGAAGAUUCUAAUAUUGGAAUUAUAUACGGAGACAGAGAUUUUAUACCCGGAUGUAUGAUACUAGACAACAAAAGAAAUGCGGUUCUAAAGUCAGACUUAGUGGUGGUACUUUUGUCCGAUAGCUAUAUAGACUCGACUGAAUGUGUUUAUGAUGUUGCUUUGGCAAUUUGUCUGGAAAGACACAUUAUCAUAAUAGACAAAAGAAAAACAAGAAAGAUGCCGCCAUUAUUAAAUGAAUUGCCAAAGAUAAAUGGACGUACAAACUUUGUCAAAGUGUUACAGAAGCUGAAAAGAAUGGUUGAUGGGUAUUAUGUAGAAGAAAAAAAUCAAUCAAGGAAUAGGAAAGACGAUGCACAGAUAUAUAUCAGGGAAGUGGAACGAACAGCUACUUUAGAAAAUGAACAAGGAUUUCAAAAACAGAUUCUUAGACUACAGGCUCAAAUAACGCAUACCCAAAGAGACAAGAAAAUAGCAAAACACAUUGCGAUUGUAGAUGGAAAUAACGACUUUGACAACUUUCACCAUGAACAAACAAUUAGAUACCAGUUGGAGAAAAGGAUAAGAGAAAUGGAGAACCAUAUACAAAAACUCAGAAGAGAAAACGUUUUGCUAAAGCAUCCAGUGGUUUCUGUUAGUCCAAUGGAUGAUAGACCUUCACAGCAAACUCCAUUUCAAGAAAUUCAAAAGCAGAUAAACCAGGUUUUGAUUGAAAUAUCAAAUCUGAGUCAUAAUAAUGAAGACAGCCUGGAUACUACAAGCUACAGAAUUCCGUCUGAAUUGAGAUCAUUUUGUCAAAAAUAUGAGGAAAUGAUUGGUCCAAAUAUUUGCCGACUGGGAAGAAUUCUUCAUUUAUCAAACCAUCAGAUCGAUAAAGUAGAAGAGUGCAGGGAGUAUGGUUAUGUUGAAAUGUUUUGGCAGACGAUAAAGUUUUGGCAGUCAAACGAAAGCUCUGAUGAAAGCUUUGUGACGUUACUGAAUGCAUUAGAAGACAUUGGUGUUGAUAUAGGAGGGAAGCCAAUGUCAAAGACAGAAGUGAGAAUACUCCAGGAGAAGAUUCCAUUCAUAUUGAACAAUAUUUACCAAGUAAAUGAUUUGAUACCAUACCUGAUAUCUCAGCACGUGUUAACGCACGUGACUGAGAUGUUUAUCAGAGAACCUAGGAAUAAAGAGGAAAGACUAUUGCGUUUAAUCAACGUUCUCACAACAAAACACUAUGGAAUUAAGGCCCUCUGUAAUGCCCUUAUCCAUACAAAUCAGGAAUUUAUAGCAGACGAGAUAUCACGUUCUAUGCCAAAUAUACCAACAAGCCGUUUCCCUGUUGAAUUAACUGAUGAAAGCUGCGAUUCUCAAUGGAGUUCAGAUGAAUCUAAAUUACAAGUGGCACGUGUUGCACCAAUCACCGCUACAGUUAAUUCGGUAACACCAAAUGUGCACCUUGAACAAAAACAUCAAGGUCAGAAUGAAGACUUAAGUAACACAUGUGUUGAUGGAAUUCAGCAAUUAAUCAAGAAAGACUCUAAGGAAAAAACUGUAAAAUCCCGUAGGGGUUGUAGUAUUCAAUAGUACAAGUCCCCGUCACGAAUUAAUAGUGUGCAUAGUAGUCAAAAUAUACCGCCGUAGACAUUUCCUUAACAGUAACAAUAUAAUUCAAUACCGUUUAUAGUACAAAUGUACAAAUAUAUAGUAACUGUAGUCAGAUGGCUCAUUGAGGUCUUGCAUGUUAUAGUGCAAAUUUGGACACUUGAGAAAAUGUGACUAGGACUAAAUAU